GCUCAGCUGGGAUAACAAUUGGUGGAGGAACCGGUAUGACCAAAGGAGUAGAAGAUGGGAUCGGUAGAGAUUGGAUGUCGAGAAUGCGCCUUGCGCAAAUGCCUUUUGAAAGAAGGGCUUGUGAAUCAGAAAAAGUGGCUCUUGAAGAAAGAAAUGCCACAUCUGCUAUCUGUCGGCUCGAUACACUCGCUCUUAGGGGAAUAGACGAUCUUCGAGAGAUUCUCGACUGGGGCACGACUUGCUUUCCAGUAGCUUCACUUGCUACCGUUACGGAGGAAGACUGA